AAAUUACAGCCUGUGAAGCUUGCCGUCUGAUCAGAGAGCACCAUGAAUUUAAACAACUUUGUGGUACUUCCCAGCAAGCCCAAGUCAAUGAAGUUAAAUGUCAGGAAUCUCCGGGAACUGCGUAUGGAAACAGUGCAGCUGGAUCAACAUGCCAAGGAGAUGGAGAGCAGACUGGAGGAGCUCAGACAGCGUAUGAACCAGGAGAAAGAGGAGAGGGAGAAGAAGGGAGCUUCUCACUGGCGUUCAGCACAAGCCGGGGUUCAGACCGUCAAGACAAACAAGGAGAACGCACCUCACAGAUUCUCUCCAGGCAAGAUGAAGAUUAGAGUGCUGAAGGACGAGCCUGUAGCAGUACAGAAGCAGGUAAUAGCGGAACGAGUUGCCAAGGUACAUGGCACUAACAGGAAGCUCAACCUGAGGGGAAAAGUCUGUGGACAGUGUGAAGUUCAGCUGGCCGGACUGAUGUGUGCAGAAUGCGGAGAGGAUUAUUGUGUGGGCUGCUUCGUCAGAUUCCACCAGAAGGGGGCACUGAAGCGCCAUCGUAUGGUUCCCGUACAGGCAGAGCUCCAGACCCCUGUCAGCACUCGGGAUGUGUUGGGCCGCCUCCAGCAGCAGGUAAGCAGCGAGGAGAAUCAACAAGGUGCAUCCCCUAAAACUGCUGAUGAAAGUGAAGCUACAGAGAAAAGAUCAACUCCUAGGAGCCUUUGGCCCACUUCUGAUUACAAUAUACACCACACACAGGUGUUGUUCAUGAAUGACGGUGUUGACUUGGAAGAUGAGGAGGCUGGUGAGGAAGAGGACAGCUCUCUGCAGAGAGGAGGCUUUGAUGAAGAAGAGUCAGCCAGGUCCUUCCAGGAGGCUCUGAAAGAGUGGAGAGAGGGAAGACAGAGACCAGUGUCUGUGAUGGAAACACAAACAGAGAAAGGAUCCCAGCCGUUAAUUUAUGUGGAGUUCAAGGAGGACACUUUGUGCUACAUGGAGAAACUCCUCUUGAAAAAGCACCGCAGAGGACAAAUUGAAGAAUUUCAGCCCCGGUCUGUUGUCCAACGCCGACCAGAACCACCCACACCUCCACCUGAAGAGACAGAUGAAUUGAGCCGAAAACUGACAGCAGAGCGGAUGGAGUUGCAUAAAUACAUUACCUCUCUCUUCACGAUCCCUCCCGCUGAGGAUGCUGGGAAAGCGGACAGCCCUGCAGAAUCCUGUUUAAGCAUCAUAGAGUUAGAUGAGAAGAUGGUUGGGGAUGCUACAUUUUACAGAUCCUUUGGAGUCAAGCAGAGAAAUGAGAGCAAAAUGUUUGCAUCUGUAGGAAAUGAAGAUUUAUCUGAAGGAGGAGAUUUUGGAUAUUCGGUCUUGCCUUCCACACCGUCUUUCUCUGAGAUGACCAAAAGAUCCUUCAGUGAAUGUAAUUCUGACACAAAGAUCAGCUCUUCUUCUGAGAUGUGGCCCCAGUCUCAAGAGACUGACAAAUCUUCGCCAUCAUUGCCAAGAUCAGAAAGCUUUUCUCCACUUCAAACGAGGCUUCAGAAGUCACAGCACCUGUCGACUACCUCAGAGCCAUUUCUGUUGAAUUCACAAACAGGAAGCCAGAAAGUAGAACUCAGUGACUCUCCAAAACCAAGCCCACGGGCGAGAUCUUCUGCAGCACAAUGGGAUAAACCCUCAGCGCUUCUGCCAACAUCAUCUCCUUCACUCCUAACACCCAAAUUAAAACAAACUCUCCCAGGCUUUGAGGACCAUAUUUCCACUGUCACCCCCUCUCCUGGUAGAGUGCCAUCUGUUAGGGCUUCUCAAUGUCAUCCUCCUGCUUUUCUCGUCUCUAAACAAAGUCCUAAACCUCCAGAUUCUCCAUCCCCAGGGUCUAGAUCAGCUUCCUCUCCAGUCAACCCAAUCCAGUCCAUACCUACUCAUUCAACACCUGUUUCUGAACCAAAAUUAUCUCAACUGUCUUCAGAAUUUGCUAUCACUUCCCCAAGCACUGCAGUUCCUUCAUUAAAUCGGUCACCUAGAGAAUCAUCACAGUCUGCAUUAGUCUCAGACAGAAGUACGUCUGCUAGGCCUAUCUAUGACUCCAUCAGGUCCUCUACGCCGAGAGUUGAAUCCUCUCAUACUUACAGGCACCGUUCACCUCCGGCCUCCAAAUGGUUAAAGGCCCCGCGAAGGUCACCCAAAGCUACAGUGCUGUCCUUACAGCUGAGCAUGUCAGAUUCAGAAGAAGAAAUGACAGGUGAAGAUCCUUGCCUGGUGCCCAGUGAUGAAGACUCAUCUGAUGAAGAACUGAGACAAAUCACAGAUGCAGAAGAGCAAAAGAAUGGCUUUCCCUCAACCACAACGCCUCUGGCAGACCCUCAUUUCACUUUCACAAACCUCUCAAAGUCAGAACAUGACAACACAGGACCGGACCUGUUUACAGGAUCUUCCCAGGCUGUUCAUUCUGUAGCCCAGCGACAGGACAUCCAGUCGGGGCAGUACCAAGACCUAGAGGGGAUCCUGACUUUGGGAGUGGACCCUGGAGUCCUGCAGCCUAGCCCAGCUCCAGCUCAAACCUUUAGAGAAGAGCAGAGCCACACAGGAAGUUUGCUAGGUGUAGGGCAGGAGUCCUGGAGCUCCAGCAGCAGUCUUCAGCAUCACGCAGAGGAAGAGCUGGUCGCUGCGCUGAUGAACGCUCGGCCCGUCAGUAGCACUCCUCGUACGUUCACACCAUGCCGUGGCAGAAUAUCAUCACAGAGGCUGUGUUUCAAAGGCACCAUAAGCAGAUGUUCUCCCCUCUCUACUCAUCGUCCAGACCCCUCAAACCGGCCGCUGUCUCGUGCCGCUCAGGAGAUCAUGGAGGUCCAGUCGGUGGAGCAGCUCGACCUCCAGGACUCUGAUGAGGAUGAGGAGGAUUUCCUGGCUCUGGCCUGCCUUGAGGAAGAAUUCAGAAAUAUGAGCACUACACAGUUAGAUGAGGGUGAGGAUGGACCCAUUCCAGUGGAUUAGAUUUGUCUGGACUGCAGUUACACACAUUAAGAUUAGUGAUAAUUGAUAAAAAAGUGUGUAAAUAAAGGACAAGAAGAACUAAAAGUUAGCUCUACAGUUGUUGUUAGUCUAUUAAACAGCUAUAUAGUAUAAAAUGGCUUUCAUAGCAUUUAUUUUUCUUUCUUUUUACAUUGUAUUGAAACGUUUUACUAAUAAUUAGGAGCUAUUAAUGUUGCAUUAUGCAAAAAUUAAAAUAUAUAUUAAAGAGGGAAUUCUGACACUUUUAUUUCUAAUUGAAUAAGAACCAAAUUAAUUUUUUUAUACCUAGUCAUGUCCAAAUCAUACGAGCUGCAACAAAAUUCUAUU